CCUUGCACCAACUUAGAACUAUAACCCAUUCAAAAUGGACCAGCCCGAGAAACGCAAACUCGACGCCUCCGCGUCAGACGGACCCGACGUCGACAAACGCCCCAGAGUAAUCGGCCCGUCCUUACCACCGCCAUCAGCGUCGCAAGAUCGCUCCAACUCCGAGGGCAGUGACUCCGAUUCCGACUCUGACGACGACUUCGGUCCCAGCAUGCCUCCCCCAGAAGGCUCGGUCCCAGCUGCACCUGCCACUGCCACGGAGCCCAGCAACUCCGGCCCAUCAGCCAGCGCGCAGGACCCCGACACGGCAGGGACGACAGCAUCGCGCCGCGACGACUGGAUGCUGCAGCCGCCGGACGACUCCAGCUGGGCGACGCGCGUCGACCCGACGAAGUUGCGGAACCGCAAGUUUCAGAGCGGGAAGCCGGGGUCGAGUCGGCCUGCUAAGUCUGGGGGCGUGGAUGCGUCGUGGACGGAGACGCCCGAGCAGAAGAUGAGAAGGCUGCAGGAUGAAGUGUUGGGUGUUUCGACGGCGCAGAGUGGUGGGUCUGGUGGUAGGAAGGAGGACGAGGGCGAUUCGAAGAGGUCGCGGGUUAUGUCGGAGAGGGUUGAGAAGUUUAAUGAAGCGCGCCGAAAAGAGAAAGCCGCAGAGGGAGCGGCGCGCAAGGAGAAGAAGAAAGAAGAGGACGACGAUCCGAGUCAGCGCGCCUUUGACAAGGAGAAGGAUAUGUCGCUGGGAUCGAAGAUCAGUGCGUCGCAGCGCAGAGAGAUGAUUGACAAAGCGUCGGAUUUUGGAUCGAGGUUUACUAAGGGCAGGUAUCUUUAAUUUUGUAUUUUGGGAUUUUUAUUGGAUAUAGAAUCUAGGUCCAGUGGGCCAUUGUUUAUAACUGCCUUUUUGAAUUGGGCUGGGGAAGGGGAC